CAUUGCAUUUAACGCUACAGUUAAAAAGGUUUGGGACUUGGUAAACUCCGCCUUGUAGCUUUCUUAGAGGUACGUCCGUACCCCAGCGACUGGGGUGUCUGUAUUUGUCCACGUAUAGCGCUAUCCCACGAGAAAAAGACCACAACGAGGUGGCCUGUUCAUUGUUUUGUGCUGUAACACAGGAUAUAGUAGUAUGAGUGAAAAUGUGCCACUUGUCGGAAGUUGAGAUUGAAAGGAGUAAGAACCAACUGUGAAAUAAUAGUCUUGCCUGUCCCCCAGGGGAUAUCACACAUCUGAGAUAACGAACCCACAGGAGAAUUGACAUAAACUGGAUAAUCAAAGCUUUGUUUUCUUUCAAUCACCGUUGUCACGCCAUUUGAUUGAAAGGUUUGGAUGAGAUGAAGAAAAGAUCUAAAUGCGAGGAGUCUAUCGAUAACGGCGAAAUUAGGCAGACGAUCUUUUGAUAAUGGCGUAAUGUUGUGUGGUUGAUAUUAUGUGGUAAAAAAGAUGGAAUACACGUGGUUUGACAUACACGAUUGUUAAUUGGAAACAGCUAGACAUGAAGAUGACGGAGGCAUUUCUAUGGAUUUGUGUGUUAUCAGUCGUCGUGGGGGAGGUUUACACUUCGGGUGUAUUUGAAGUUAAAAUACGCUCCUUAUCAAAUCACCACGGUCGCACGGUCAGUGGAAGGUGUUGUUCCGGACCAGAAAAUAACGAAGAUUGUGUCGCCACAUGUCGAACGUUUUUCACACUGUGUUUAUUACAUUAUCAAAAGCCUGUUCCGAACUAUCCGACCUGUACGUUUGGAGAAGCCGUCACCCAGAUUGUUGGCGAAAAUAAUAUAGGACAUGAACUCGGAGCAGAACCACCUUUCACUGUUCAAAUCCCUUUUUCAUUUUACUGGCCGGGUAAUUUUGCACUAAUUAUUGAUGCCUGGCACGAUCACCAUAGAAACAGAAGUACAUCUGAUACAAGACAUAUAAUAAUUCGAGUAAGUCGAGCCAAGAGGUUGAAACCUUCGAGGAUAUGGCAGGAAGAUGAACGGUUAACACGAACCUCCCAACUUACAUUUAGCUACCGUGUUGUCUGUGAUGACAACUACUAUGGUCUGGGUUGUGAUCGCUGGUGUAAGGAACGAGAUGAUCCGUUCGGUCAUUAUCGAUGUACGUCUAAUGGCGAGAAGACAUGUCUAUCAGGAUGGCAGGGAGAAUUGUGCGAUAAAGUUGAAUGUGCACGAUCGUGUCUGGAAUCAAAUGGUUUCUGUGAUAAACCGUCAAACUGCAGGUGUAGAAGUGGAUGGAAAGGACCAGAUUGCCAGGAAUGUAUACCAGAUAUGAAAUGUUUACGAGGAUAUUGUAAAACAGCUUGGGAAUGUAUCUGUAAUGAUGGUUGGAGUGGAUCCUAUUGUAAUAUAUAUAAGAGUUAUUGUGAAGAAUACCAGCCUUGUUUUAACGGAGGAACAUGCGUUCAUGAUGACGGCAGUAAUUAUACAUGCACGUGUAAGCCUGGCUUCAGUGGCCCAAACUGCGAGAAGGAAUAUUGUUACAAUGGAUUCUGUUUGAAUAAUGGUCUUUGUGAGGAAGUUGGCUCUAAAAGAUUUUGUCGAUGUGAAGAGAGGUUUUCUGGGACACGGUGUCAGAAUAAGGAACCAACGUGUGGUGAGAUUUCCUGUAGAAAUAAUGGCACCUGUAUUCGUAUGAAGAAACGGUGGGCUUGUUCGUGUACGCCGGGAUAUGAAGGACAUUUCUGUGAAAGAGAAAGAAAUGAAUGCUCUUCUAGCCCUUGUAAAAAUGGAGGAAUAUGCCGAGAUCGUGUAAAUGGAUACCACUGUGUUUGUACCGAUGGGUUUGCUGGGAAAAAUUGUGAUCUGAUAUUCGAUGCGUGUUUAGGAUUCCACUGUUUUAAUGGCGGCAAAUGUAUCACACGUGGUCAUUUCUCCGCUGUAUGCGCAUGUCGCCCCGAUUAUACAGGAUAUCGAUGUGAAACCCCAAAAAAUCCUUGCCACGGUGUUCGGUGUCUGCACGGGGGACAGUGUGUGGUCCACGUGAAAGAAAAACCCAAGUGUAAGUGUAAAGCCGGGCGAAGUGGCGAAGUGUGUCAAUUCAAAUCAAACAAUCUGUGUUCGAGUCUGCCGUGUCAACACGGGGGAACAUGUAAAUCCUAUACAGACAAGUAUCUGUGUAUUUGUCCCCAGGGAUUAGAGGGGGACAACUGUGAUCGUUUAAAACUGUCGUCAGACGACCCAAGUAGUGAAGGUGAAAUAGACAUGGCACCAAUCAAUGUAAAAGGUCACACGAACAGUACGACAGUGUGCUCCUACCAUUAUUUAUUAAGACUUUUAUCCAUGUUCAUAUUUUAUUUAAAAUCCAUGUCCUGGCUAUAAAAAGGGGGACAUAACUCUGUAAAUCAAUCAUGUGUAUAUUUUGUGUGUACAUAUUUGUAUAAAUAUAGUGAACUUACAACCAUACUUUCAAUAAAAGAGACAUUAAUGACAAAAGGGUGGAAAACUAAAAACCAAAGGAAAGGUCGGAGCACCACCUAGAAACAAACUUCUCUAACAUAUUUGAACAGAUAUUGUAAAUGUUUAACCAUACUUUCAAUAAAAGAGACAUCAACGACAAAAGGGUGGAAAACUAAAAACCAAAGUAUAGAAUUGUAGCACCAUGGGUCUUCUGUCAGACGUGGAGCGCGGGCCAACAAAUACGGUCGCCACAUCCUACGUAUGACCCAUGCAUCUUUUCUUACUACAUAUCUUAGUAGCCUUGUGAUCGUCUUUAAUUUGUCUCUGGUUGUCUUUGAUUCCUCGUCACGUUGUGUAUUUACUUCUUCUUAUCUAUAUCAGUUAGUUAAGAUGUUUGUCUUACCAGGAAUAAUAAUGCAACAGUUUGUUUUACAUUUUAUAUAUCAUAGUCGGAUACAUGGAUACAAGCAUAGUAGAUUACAAUACUAAAGUCAUUCUCAAACCCUAAAUAUGAUGUAAAUAAUUAGAGAGAUUGGUUGAUUAAGCCAAAUGACGUUGAAACCCACCCUUACUAGAGAAAUUUCACACAAGAUAUCUGUUAUCAACCUAGAAUUGAAUGUUUACCACAUUAUGACUUUUAUGUAACAAUCCGCCACUCAUUCGCUAACUUGAUUUAAGUACAUAUAUGUGAAUCUAAUAACUUGCCAAAGAUAUUAAUUAAUACAAUAUAAUGCCAUCAUUAAUUUCAAGCGCAAAAAUUCUAGCAAUGUUUGAACAGAUAUUGUAAAUGUUUAACCAUACACUCAAUAUUACAGACAAUACAUAGAGGAUAUAAUAAGUUUUUAAUAAUCGUUGCCUUGGUGUU